CUCGGGCGACUGGGUAUGAAAUGAACUGACUGGCUUAUUGCCCCCCUUGUUCUCUUUUUCUUCUUUUUGUUCCAUUUCCUUUUGUAUCAACCAUGGAUUCUUAUGAACAUGUUUCAUAUGGAUCAAUACCAGACGACGAUAAUAUCAAUGAUAUAGAUGAAUUAGAACGAUUGGAGCAAGAACUCAUACCACAGCCUGACGAUUAUUAUGGUAUUCUCAAUGUCUCCAAGAAUGCCACUAAUGAAGAACUUAAAGUCUCCUAUAAGAAUCUAUGUCGUUCAUUCCACCCUGACAAGCACAACAAUGAAGAACAUAAACGAAUUGCUGAAGGCCGAUUUCAAGUCAUACAACAAGCGUAUGAAGUUCUUAGUGAUCCUCAACGACGUGUGAUUUACGAUACGUAUGGUGUAGAAGGACUUAAUGCAACUUGGGAAUUAGGACCGAAAUUCAAAACACCUGAAGAGUUACAAGCCGAAUAUGAAAAGCAAGCUCGAUUGAAACGUGAACAAGACUUGGAAAAUAUGGUUCGAUCUCGAGCAGAAGUACAAUUGACUAUAGAUGCUACUCAAAUUUUGGAUCCUUAUGAACCUCCUGUAUUUUCAUCCUUUGGUCAACCUGCUUUGGCUCCCAAAAAGAAAGGCCCUCUUCAUGCUUUAACCAAAGGUCAAGUACAACAAUUGUUUAUGCGACAUUCAUUCGAGACUCAACUUGGACCUCAAACUCGAGCUAUUUUUGGUGGAUCAAUGGUGUCUCGAACUGGUAUGGGUGGUGGCAAUGUUAUGGGUACAAUUCGUCAUACUGUUUCCCCAAAACUUUGGUGUGAAUUAAAUGCUACAGUAUUGAAUCCUAGAAGUCUGACCAUGAAAACGGUAUAUAAUAUGUCAUCAGAUAGUUUUUGUAAUACGGUUGUAAAGGCAAGAACGAUUCAUUCUCCUCCUAUUGUUACGGUGACAGCAGGACGACGAUUAUUUUCAACAACCACUGGUUAUAUGACCUAUCGUACUGGAGAAUGGUCUUUACUCGAAUGGGGUGGUGAUGUAUCUAGAAGUAUGGACAAAUCACACGUUGCUCUUGGUCUUGCUGGUGCUACUGGAGCGAAACAAAAAGGAAAUUAUAGUUGCGAAUUACAGACUGGUAUCAUUGCAUCUCAUUUGGCAGGUGACUAUACUCACAAGAUGGACAAUCAAAUGCGUAUUCGUAUUGCGGGAUCAAUUUCGACGGUGGGUGGAGUGACAGCAAGUAUUGGCAGUGACCACAAAUUACCAUCAAAUAUUCGAUUUGGAAUGUCUAUGGAAUGCGGGGUACCUACUGGUGUGAUGAUGCAGUUCAAGAUAUCAAGACUUGGACAAAAACUAGUGGUACCUAUUAUACUUUCUUCAGAAUUUGAUUUCAGAUUAACAUUUUUGGGUACAGCGAUCCCAGCGGCUAUGGCUAUGGCCAUUGAUCAACUUGUAUUGAAACCCAGGCGACAAAAACAAAUCAAAGAGAAAAUCCGGGAACUUCGCGAAGAACAUGCAGAUAUUUUGGCCAAUCGGAAAGCUGAAGCUGAAGACGCACAAAAAUUGGUAACAUCUUCGGCCGAACGAAAGACCAAAAUGGAAGAAAGCAAAAAAGAUGGAUUGGUGAUUCUCAAGGCAUAUUAUGGACAUUUAGAAAAUUUGAUAGACGGACAAGAGGCACAAGAAAGGGAAGGCGUUAUUGAUGUAACCGUUGUUUUACAAGCCAUGGUGAAUGAGUCUCGACUAACCAUUCCUAGCGGACAUUCAAAGACGAACAUUUGUGGAUUUUAUGAUCCAUGUCUUGGAGAAAGUAAACAAUUAAUGGUACGAUAUCGAUUCCAAGGUCAACUACAUCAAGUUAAAAUCAAGGAUAAUGCAGCUCUCAUUAUCCCAAUGCGAGCUCACCUUAUUUAGGAACCUAUCCAAGAAGGGUGAAGGCAAAAUUUUAUUUUUACAUUAGUGUAACGAUUGGAUAGCGGGUGGCGAAUAUUUCCAGGGGCGAACCAGAUGGUUUAUUUUUUUAUUUUUUUUUUUUUUAUAUUUUUAUACUCAUUUGACCUUUUUUCCC